AUGGAUCCGCACACAGCCGCAGACUUCACCGUGGACAACGUGGAAAAGGUUCCAGAGAUCCAAUACUUUGGCGCCAGCGCCCUUCACACCAAGAUUUCCCGCUACUGGGGCGACAUCCCCGCCGAGCAGUACGAUACGCUCAAAAAGCAGCUGUUUUCUCAGAUCGCUCGCUUCGCCUCCGGCUCUAAGAUCGUCCUGACCCGCCUGUGUGUGGCGCUGGCGUCCCUCGCCCUCAACAUGAUGCCCGAGGUGUGGCCGGGGGCCGUGUCAGAGAUGGUGCACAUGUUUCAGGAGGAAGGAGGCGAGGUGGAUGGACGCGCAAGAUGUUUGGCCCUGUUGGAGCUCCUCACGGUUCUCCCGGAGGAGUUCCAGACCAGCCGGCUGCCGCAGUACCGAAAGGGAGAGGUGCGGGGUGCUCUGGGCCGCGAGUGGACGGCUGUUUACCCGCUCCUGCAGCAGCUGUUACGGCAGCCGGACUCUCCGCCGCUGGUGAAGGCCCGUGUGCUCAAGUGUCUGUCGAGCUGGGUUCUGCUGGACGUUCCUCUGAACGAGAGCGAGGGAUUGGUCGAGGCCAGUUUCACGGCGCUGUCGGAUCCGGAGCUGUUCGAUACGGCUGUGGAGGCCAUCGUCAACACCAUCUCACAGCCCGACUCACAGAGGUACGUGAACACUCUCCUGAAGUUGGUGCCGCAGGUGUUACAGCUACAGGAACAGUUACGAGACGCCAUACAGAAUGGAGACAUGGAAACGUCACAUGGCAUCUUGGACUCUAUAGCUCUGUUGGAGCAGGUGGAGCACUGGCAGAGUUUUCUGGCUCUGGUGAAUAUGAUCAUGUUCUGCACGGGCAUCCCUGGUCACUACCCCGUCAACGAGACCACCAGCUCUCUCACGCUCACCUUCUGGUACACACUACAGGAUGACAUCAUGUCGUUUGAGGCAGAGAAGCAGGCCGUCUAUCUGCAGGUCUACAGGCCCGUGUAUUUCCAGCUCGUAGACGUUCUGCUGCACAAAGCGCAGUUCCCCACGGAUGAGGAGUAUGCUUCCUGGUCAUCAGACGAGAAGGAGCAGUUCAGGAUCUACAGGGUGGAUAUUUCCGACACACUAAUGUACGUCUACGAGAUGCUGGGAGCCGAAUUACUCAGUAACCUGUACGACAAACUGGGGAGACUCCUCACCAACACAGAGCAAGCAACAACAUGGCAGCAUACGGAAGCUCUGUUGUACGGAUUCCAGUCCAUCGCCGAAACGAUAGAUGUGAACUAUUCUGACGUAAUCCCAGGACUCAUCGGCCUCAUUCCAAGAAUCAACAUAAACAACGUCCAGCUGGCCGACACGGUCAUGUUCACAAUUGGAGCGUUGGCAGAGUGGUUGGCAGAUCAUCCGGUGAUGUUGAGCAGCGUUCUUCCGCUGGUUUUGCAGGCGUUGGGCAAUCCAGACCUGUCUGUUUCCAGCGUCUCCACGCUAAAGAAGAUCUGCAGAGAGUGCAAAUACGACCUGCCCCCAUAUGCCACCAAUAUAGUCGCUGUUUCACAGGAAGUGCUUAUUAAACAGAUCCAUAAGACGAGUCAGUGUAUGUGGUUGAUGCAGGCUCUGGGCUUUCUGUUGUCCGCGCUGCCGGUGGAGGAGAUCUUGAGGAACCUUCACUCUCUGAUCACCCCGUACAUCCAACAACUGGAGAAACUAUCCGAGGAGACGCCAAACCCUUCAAAUAAACUGGCCAUUAUUCACAUCCUCGGUCUGCUGUCCAAUCUCUUCACCACACUGGACAUCACCAAACAGGAGGAGGAGUCAGGAGAGAAUGCCCCGCCCAUCAAAUCAGCCCCGCCCCAGACAGGCCCCAACCCUGUGGUGGUGGUGCUCCAGCAGGUCUUUGCACUGAUACAGACGGUCCUCAGUAAAUGGCUGAAUGACUCGCAGGUUGUGGAGGCGGUGUGUGCCAUCUUUGAGAAGUCUGUGAAAACUCUCCUGCAUGAUUUUGCCCCCAUGGUGUCUCAGCUCAGUGAGAUGCUGGGGCAGAUGUACAGUACCAUACCGCAGGCAUCUGCACUGGAUUUAACACGCCAGAUGGUCCACAUAUUUGCCAGCGAAACAAAUCAUUUCCCCCCAAUCAAAGCGCUGUUUGAAUUGGUCACUUCUGUUACUCUGACCAUCUUCCAGCAAGGGCCCAGGGAUCAUCCUGAUAUUGUUGAUUCAUUUAUGCAACUCCAAGCUCAGGCCCUCAAACGGAAGCCCGAUUUAUUCUUAUCGGAGAGUCUUGAUGUGAAAGCCGUGUUUCACUGUGGAGUGUUGUCACUGAAAUUCCCAGAAGCCCCGACAGUCAAAUCUACCUGCUUUUUCUUUACGGAACUAAUACCGCACUGCGCAGACAUUCCUCCUGUUGGUCAGAUCGUGCAGGAAGAUGGUAAACUCCUCCUGUUGGCUGUACUGGAGGCUAUCGGCGGUCAGUCGUCCCGCAGUCUGAUGGACCAGUUUGCGGAGGUGCUCUUCUGUCUGAACAAGCAUUGCUUCGCUCUGCUGACGGUGUGGCUCAAAGAAGCUCUGCGCUCACCAGGCUUCCCGUCCUCGCGCGUCUCAGAUGACCAGAAAGACACGUUCAGCCAACAGGUGCUCAGGGAGCGAGUGAAUAAGCGCCGAGUGAAAGACAUUGUAAAGGAGUUCACCCUGGUUUGCCGCGGCCUUCACGGAACUGAAUACGCCGCGGACUACUGAGCCGCCGCUCAGACGGACACCGAGUGAGAGAAAACACAAAAAGUACAACUCCCAGAAGCCCUCACUGCGAUGCGAAUAACACCAUGUCAGAACUGACCAUCUGAGAGUCGGGAUCUUCUCGCUCUCUCUCUCUCUUUCAACCACUCUCUCAUUGGAUUUUGGGGCGUCUGUAGGGCGACAUCUCCGCUCUCCGCAUCUCACAGCAUGUUCGCUGGAAACCGUUCUUUGAUUCUCCCACGAUCGAUCUUCCGUGGCUCUUGGGCUGUUUUCCUUGUGAUGAUUUGCAUCCGUUUGAACGAAGAAAUAGUGUUAGUUAAAUGUUUUUUAUUUUGAAGAUACUGACAUAUAUAUAUAUAUUGAAAAUUAGCAGCAUAUUUGGUGACUAGUAGAGACUGGGCGUUACACAACGAAUAAGAGAGAGAGCGAUGCACUAAUUAAAAAAUUACAUCAUGAUGUUCCUAACCUGUACAUUUUUCUUUAGAAAUUCUUCUUCGUGUUUCAUUAAAGGAAUGUUGGUAGGUACAUGCACACUGAUAAUGGACUCCGUAAACAUAUGACAUAUAUUUGACAAUUUAUUAAAGGAACAGUUAACCCAAAAUUGCUAAAUAUUUACUGAAAAUCUACUCCCCCU